UUUUCGUAAAUAGAUAUUUUAGGUCCAAGUUCUAAAAUUAAAAUCUCAUGGUUAUUUUUGUUUUAAAUCUAUCAGUUAUUUUUCUCUAAAAUAAGGCUUAAAUAACAACAACAAAUUAAAUUCCAAAUUUAUGUAAUUUUACAUCUGAAUAAUCAACUUUUUAAAUCAUUAAAAAAAAUCUAACAAUCUAUUUUUCAUUGUUUUACUAAUCUCUCAGCUAGCUUCACAGGUUUCUUUUGUUAUUAAUUCUGUGUCAAAACUUUGAAGUUAAGCUUAGGGAAAAGCUUUAUCAUCUAUACAGGAAUAACAGGCUUAAGAUUUGAUGAGAUUAUGGAAUUUUUGCAGAGCAUUGUCAUCUAUUCCCUCACCAGAUACCAGACCCCUCACAGUUUCCUAUCUCAAUAUCUUACUCCACCUUUCGAGCAAUUCCAAAACAUUGCGCCCUGGAAAACAAGCCCAUCAACACAUCAUUGUACACGGGCUUUCUGGAAAUUCAUUCUUCGCCACCAAAUUAAUCCAGAUGUACGCUGACUGUGACGAUAUAAGUUCUGCACUCCACCUGUUUGAUCAAUUGGCCGAACCGAAUAUCUUUGCAUGGACAUCAAUGAUUUCCUUCUUUUCUCGCAACACAUUGUCUUAUGAAUGUGUUAUUACUUAUGCCAAGAUGAAACGGAGUGGUGUUAUGCCUGAUAAGUUCAUCUUCCCGAGAGUACUGAGAGCUUGUUCGUUGUGUUCUUGCUUGGAAAUCGGGACUCAGGUUCACAAGGACAUAAUCGUUAGUGGUUCUGGACGCGACAUGCAUGUUGGAAAUUCUUUGAUUGAUAUGUACUCAAAAUGUGGGGACCUUCACAAAGGUAGGCUGGUUUUUGACCUGAUGGUAGAGAAAGAUUUAUGCUCUUGGAAUGCAAUCAUUUCGGGAUAUGUUUGCAAUGAUUUUCUUGCUAAGGCGGUGGAAUUGUGGGGUUUAAUGAGAAUUGAGGGUUUUGAGCCUGACAUAUUCACAUUCAACACUGUCAUGGAUGCUCAUUGCCGAAUGGGUCACUGUAAUAAAGCUCGUGAAAUAUUUAAACAGAUCAAGAACCCAACUGUUGUAUCGUGGACAACGCUGAUAUCAGGCUAUUCAAGAAUAGGAAAACAUGACACCUCGCUUGAGAUAUUCAAGAACAUGAUGAGUGGGAAAAGUAUUUAUUAUGCCGACUUAGAUUGUCUUUCCAGUGUCCUUUCCUCAUGCCAACAUUUGAAAGCUUUGAGGAUAGGACGGGAAAUUCAUGCGUACGGGAUCAAGGCCAAACAGUUGUGUGAUUUUUAUCAAUCGGCGGGACCUGCACUCGUGUUGAUGUACUCAAAGUGUGGGAAAACUGAAUGCGCAAUACAUGUGUUUGACUUGGUGGAUAACAAAUUGGAUGAUUCGGUUGCAUGGAACGCGAUGAUUCUAGGGUUUGCUGAACAAGGGGAACCACAUUUGGCCAUCUGGAGUUUUAGAAAAAUGCAGAAAAUGAGAAUCAAGUAUGACCAAACAACAAUCACAACCAUUUUGCGGGUCUGUGAGUUAGCAUACGGAAAACAGAUACAUGCAUAUGUGUGCAGAAGAAGUUUCCAUAAUGUCAUCUCUGUUUGGAAUGCAUUGAUGCACAUGUAUGCAAAAUGUGGAUGCAUCAAAGCUGCGCAUAAAUUGUUUUCCAAUAUGAGUAAUAAAGACUUGGUUUCAUGGAACACCAUGAUCAGAGGGUUUGGAAUGCAUGGUUUUGGUAAAUCCUCUUUGCAACUUCUGGAAGAGAUGAAACUUUCUGGAAUUCUCCCAAACUCUUUGACUAUCACUUCUGCACUGUCAGCUUGCAGUCAUUCGGGUCUUGUUGACCAAGGGGUAGAUAUUUUCAAGAAAAUGACACAAGAAGGCUACUAUUGUACACUUAGGAUGGAACACUUCACUUGUGUGAUUGAUUUACUGACUCGAGCCGGUCGGGUUGAAGAAGCUGUUGAGCUCAUUGUGAGAAUGCGUGUGGAACCCGGGAAGCAGAUUUGGGGUUCUCUUCUGUCUGCUGCUGUGGCACAACAAAAUUUUGAUAUUGCAGUUUUUGCUUCAAAGAAAAUGUUGAGGUUGGAGCCUGAGAAUGCAGGGCAUUAUGUGACUCUUUCAAAUUUGUAUGCAAGAGGUGGAAGACCAGAAGAAGCUCUCGGGUUGAGAAAACGAAUGGAGAGCUUGGGAUUGGUGAAGCAAUUUGGCCGGAGUUGGGUUGAAGCUUGAACUUCAUGGUUUAUUUACUGGGAUCCUGAAACCGUUGAGUCCGUUUGGAAUUUGGAAAUAGCAAGGGAAGCAAAAAAUAUUACGUAGUAUGAAGAUAUUAUAGUUUAUUACGUAUUGUGAAAUGGGUUCGUCUAUGGUGCACUUCAAAAUUUAGCGUGUUUCGGUGCAUUCCUAUUUUUAACCAAUUAAAUUAUAGUAAAUCUCCAUGUCAUACUCCGUAUUAAUUCUGUUAUUUGCAAUUUAAUCCCUCAAAUUAAAGUUAUUCUCAAAAUUCC